AUGUCUCACCUUCCCGCCGAGCCCGAAUUCGAGCAGGCCUACAAAGAGCUUGUGGCUACCCUCGAGGAGAGCUCGCUGUUCCAGCAGCAUCCCGAGUACAGGACCGCGUUGAAGGUCGUUUCUAUCCCGGAGCGUGUCAUCCAAUUCAGAGUCGUCUGGGAAGAUGACAAGGGUAACCUGCAAGUGAACCGCGGGUACCGCGUCCAGUUCAACUCGGCUCUUGGCCCGUACAAGGGUGGCCUGCGAUUCCACCCUACCGUCAACUUGUCCAUUCUGAAGUUCCUCGGCUUCGAGCAGAUCUUCAAGAAUGCCUUGACAGGAUUGAGCAUGGGUGGUGGAAAAGGAGGUGCAGACUUCGACCCCAAGGGCAAGAGUGACAAUGAGAUCCGAAGAUUCUGCGAGGCCUUCAUGCGAAGGCUUUGCCAGCACAUCGGCGCCGAGACUGACGUCCCCGCUGGUGAUAUCGGCGUCGGCGGCCGAGAGGUUGGAUACAUGUUCGGCACGUACCGCAAGGAGAGGAACAAGUGGGAAGGUGUUCUCACCGGCAAGGGUCUCUCUUGGGGUGGUAGCUUGAUCCGACCAGAGGCUACCGGUUACGGUCUCGUCUACUACGUCGAGCACAUGCUCAAGUACGCCGGCAAGGGCAGCUUCAAGGGGAAGCGCGUUGCUAUCUCUGGAUCCGGAAACGUUGCACAAUACGCUGCUCUGAAGUGCAUCGAACUUGGCGCUACGGUCGUGUCUCUGUCCGACUCGAAGGGCUCCCUGAUUGCCGAGGGCGACGCGCACUUUACCCCUGAGCACAUCAACGAAAUCGCCAACAUCAAGCUCGAGCGCAAACCUAUCACCGAGUUCAGCGGCAAGUCGCAAUUCAAGUACAUCGAGGGCGCGCGCCCCUGGGUGCACGUCGGCAAGGUGGACAUCGCGCUUCCGUGCGCGACGCAGAACGAAGUUAACAAGGAGGAGGCCGAGACGCUAGUUAAGAACGGUGCGCAGUUCGUCGCCGAAGGGUCCAACAUGGGUUGCACGCAGGAUGCGAUCGACGUGUUCGAGGCCGUUAGAAAAGAGAAGGGCAACGACGCCAUCUGGUAUGCGCCGGGUAAGGCGUCCAACGCCGGCGGUGUGGCGGUUUCCGGUCUUGAGAUGGCGCAGAACAGCAGCCGUUUCAGCUGGACGCAGGAGCGUGUCGACGAGCGCCUUGCCCAGAUCAUGAAGGGUAUCUUCGACCAGAGCAUCGAGAAUGCCAACAAGUAUGUCGAGACUAAGGAGGGCGAGCUGCCUAGCUUGGUCGCUGGAGGCAACAUUGCCGGUUUCCUUAGGGUCGUUCAGGCUAUGCACGACCAGGGCGACUGGUGGUGA